UAAAGAAGCUACUCAAGACCCCCCUCUCAACUACACUCCCCCUGUCCCUGCUCAGUGUUUGUAUUCUGCUCUCUGCCUGAAAUUCUCUCGAGUCCACUGAGCAAGAGAACAUGGACUGCCAGCGCAACCCUCUUCUCAGCUGGGCGAUUCUGUACUGCCAAGGAAAGAGCAUGGAGGAGCUGAGGCAUUCGCUGCUGUACACCACUGUGGAGCUAGAGACCACGAGGGUCCAUGUCCAGGAGGAGCUGAGGAAGAGAGAUGACCAGCUGAUUCAGCUCAGAGAGCUGCUCGAAAAGGCCAUCAGAGAAAGGGAUGAGGCUCAGGAGAGGUACCAGAAGCUCUUGCUGGAGAAGCUCUUGAUUCAGCAGCAGCAGCAAUUGACAGGCCCCCUUUCCGGAGUCUCGAGCAUUGAGGAUGAACCCCGGAGAGGCAUUGACUCCAACAACGCCUUCUCUUCCUCAGACAGUGAUGAGAGCAUUGUCUCAUCUCCUGCACCUCAAUUGACUUCACCAACAACAACAGCACAGCUGCCGCCGCAGCAGCCACUGCCGCUUGUGUCGCAGAUGAUGACGGUGGUCCCGCAGAGUUCGAGGCCGGAAAUCGAGCUGGUGCCUGACAAGCCUCUGCCCGAGAAGGGCAAGCUGCUGCAGGCCGUCAUGAAAGCUGGGCCCCUUCUCCAGACCUUGCUCCUGGCAGGGCCACUCCCUCAGUGGAGACACCCCCCGCCGCCGCUCGACUCGUUCGACAUCCCGCCCGUCACCAUCCCUUCCCCGCCGCAGCAUCUGCCGCCGUCGCCUGUGGGGGUGCCGCCGCUUCUGCUCCAAGACUCUCUGGCGGGGAUGAAUGCCUGCAGCGGCAUUGCCAAUUGCGGGAGGUUGAGUAGGAAAAGAGGCCACUUUGAGGGGUCCGAUUCACCUACAGAACCAAAGUACCAAAGGGUUCUUCUCAAUUGACAGGAACCCACCUGCUACUGUUAGGAGAUCUCACUAAUCUAUAGUUUCUAUCUGCCAUUUCAUACAAUUAGCGAUGGGAGGAGGAAGAAACCGCGAGUUGGGUCACGUGACUGAAGUAGCAUCUGUACAGAGUUUGAUUUUGAUCUAGGGAGAGAAAAAAAGGCCAAAAGAAGAAAAAACAGAGAGAAUUGCAAGUUAACCCAGGAAGGGGAGGAUUGAGACAGAGCUGGUACAAGCUCUUCUCAGCUAGUGUUGCUGGUGAUGAUUUUUGUCACUUUUUACCUUUGCUUUUUCCCUUUUGCCUCUCAAAUUAUGCUUACCCUUUUGAUUCAUGACAAGCAAGGAGCUUGAUUUCCCCAAGAUCGUUGCCUCGACAUUGGAGAAAAUUGUAACUUUUCUUUUUUUAAAGUCAAGAUAGUGUACGAGCCUUAGAGUGUGACUCUGUAUGUAUGUGUGAGGUGAGAGCCACAGAGAGAGAGAGAUAGCCAGAGAGAGAGAGAGAUAGCCAAGAGAGAGAUGAAAUCAAAUCAGAGCAUUAGUGUGGAGUUGUUCGGGGGUAGGGGGAGGAGAUUUGGUAUGGCCAACCAACCACCAGAAGGUCUAGAGUAGGCCAUUGCUUGUCGGGUUUGUGUGGUUCCCGCAAAUCAGAAUCAGUAUCUACCACAAGUGUGAUGUUUGGAUUAUAUUAAUCUAUAUUAUAGCCUUUCUCUCUC